UAGGCUCUACAUAUGAUGUUGACUGUGCUAAAGAUGGAAUCAGAAAUUCUGUAAUCUGUCUUGCAAGUUUCCCCUACCAAAAUGGAAAACAUUGAUUAAUAAUUUGUAUGGAAGAAGCAAACUAGUUGAAACCUUCUUUUCUUGAAUUUUGAUGGUAUAUAAGCUUCUUCCUGGAGACCAGUUAUACAGUGUUUACGAAAUGUUAAUGUAUUAUAAGCCUAACAUGUCAUUAUUAUCAUGUUUCUACAGAAAUUUCCCUACUCCUUUUCUCUCCUUUUGUUUUCCAUUGCUACUGAUUCUGCUGAGCAAUGCUUCAGCUAAUGGUGUCAAAGAAAAGAACUUUUACAUUGUUUUCCUGGGAGCUCAUCCUGUGAGUAGAGACAUAGCUAUAGAGACCCAUUUAAAUAUUCUCUCCGCUGUUAAAGAAAGCCACCUUGAAGCCAAAGAAUCCAUGGUAUACAGCUAUACAAAGAGCUUUAAUGCAUUUGCUGCUAAACUGUCUGAGGAUGAAGUUAAAAAGUUAUCAGCAAUGGAUGAAGUGGUUUCAGUAUUUCCAAAUCAGUACCGAAAGCUACACACAACAAGAUCAUGGGAUUUUAUUGGGUUACCUUUGACUGCUAAGAGAAAACUAAAAGCUGAGAGUGACAUAAUUGUGGCUCUUUUGGACACAGGGAUCACUCCUGAGAUUCAUAGCUUCAAGGAUGAUGGAUUUGGCCCUCCACCUGCUAAAUGGAAAGGAACUUGUGAUCAAUACGCUAAUUUUUCAGGCUGCAAUAACAAACUCAUAGGAGCCAAAUACUUCAAGAUUGAUGGAAGGAAUGAUCCAUCUGACAUAUUAUCCCCCAUAGAUAUGCUUGGUCAUGGCACUCACACUGCAUCAACAGCAGUAGGCAAUCUUGUCCCCAAUGCAAGUCUCUUUGGCAUAGCCAAAGGGACGGCACGCGGUGCGGUGCCAUCAGCCAGAUUGGCAGUUUACAAAGUGUGCUGGGUAAGUGAUGGAUGUGCAGACAUGGACAUACUUGCAGCAUUUGAAGCUGCUAUCCAUGAUGGUGUGGAUGUCAUAUCCGUUUCCAUAGGUGGAGGGGAUGCAAAUUAUGUGCAGGACUCUAUAGGAGUUGGAGCAUUUCAUGCCAUGAGGAAAGGCAUAAUCACUGUGGCCUCAGCUGGAAAUGAUGGACCCUUUAUGGCAACUGUCACAAAUAAUGCACCAUGGAUAGUAACAGUGGCAGCUAGUGGCAUUGAUAGGGAUUUCCGGAGCACUAUUGAGUUGGGGAGUGGAAAGAAUGUUUCGGGGGCAGGAGUGAGCACCUUCAAUCCAAAACAAAAACAGUACCCCUUUGUUAAUGGCAUUGAUGCGGCCAGAAACUCUGAAAGCAAGGAAAAUGCCAAAUUCUGCUUUGAAGACUCCUUGGAGCCAAAAAAGGUGAAAGGAAAACUUGUAUACUGUAGUUUAGGAACUUGGGGCACUGAAGCUGUUGUGAAAGCAAUCGGAGGCAUUGGUACUAUACUUGAAAGUGAGCAAUUUUUUGAAAUGGCCCAAAUAUUCAUGGCUCCGGCUACCAUCGUGAAUAGUAGCAUAGGUCAAAUUAUUACCAAUUAUACAAAGUCCACAAGGUCACCAUCAGCAGUAAUACAUAAGAGCCAUGAAGUAAAAAUAUCAGCCCCAUUUACUGCUUCUUUUUCAUCUAGGGGUCCAAAUCCAUCAUCUCAACAUAUUCUCAAGCCUGAUGUUACAGCUCCUGGCCUUAACAUCUUGGCAUCUUAUACACCUAUGAAGUCAAUUACUGGUGAGAAAGGGGAUACCCAAUUUUCAGAAUUUACAUUGAUGUCUGGAACUUCUAUGUCAUGCCCUCAUGUUUCUGGAGUAGCAGCAUAUGUGAAGUCAUUUCAUCCAGAUUGGACUCCUGCUGCAAUCAGAUCAGCCAUCAUUACUACAGCUAAACCUAUGAGUCAGAGAGUUAACAAGGAGGCAGAAUUUGCUUAUGGUGCUGGUCAAGUGAACCCUACAAGAGCUGUGAGCCCUGGUUUAGUCUAUGACAUGGAUGACUUUGCAUAUAUCCAGUUCUUAUGCCAUGAGGGCUAUAAUAGUUCCAUUCUAUCAGUGUUAGUUGGCUCUCCUGUAAACUGCUCCUCAUUGCUUCCUGGGCUUGGCCAUGAUGCUAUCAACUAUCCCAGCAUGCAACUAAGUGUGAAAAACAACACAGGCACAACAGUAGGAGUUUUCAGGAGAAGAGUGACUAAUGUUGGUCCUGGUCCAACCAUCUUCAAUGCCACCAUCAGAUCUCCCAAAGGAGUGGAAAUCACAGUGAAGCCGACUAGCCUCAUUUUCUCUCACACCCUUCAGAAAAGGAGCUUCAAGGUGGUGGUGAAAGCAAAACCUAUGGCAAGCAUGAAAAUUGUGUCAGGUUCCCUUAUUUGGAGAAGCCCACGUUACAUUGUCAGGAGCCCCAUUGUUAUAUAUAGCCCAUAACUGUAAGGGUACAUAUUUAGCAGUUGCCAACAUAAAUCUUGUAGCAUUCAUUGCAUGUGUGCUAACAAAUAUGGCACUUCUUGUGUUUAAUGUUGACAUUUUGUUAAUAAUGUGAUUAUAGUUCUUUGACCCUGUAAUGUUGUUUAUUAAGCCUAUGCAAGCAUCAAGAGAAGUCUUAGUUAUGGUCACAGAACACAGAAGCUUCAGUUUAGAUGUUUUAUUACUCAUGAGAUCAGGGCAGGCUAGAG